AUCACACUCUCCUUUUCUCCAACUCAUCUUUCCGGCAGAAAUACGAGAAUGGGAUUCAUGCUGCCGUCCCCAACCAACCCAAGAGAGCACGCUCGUGCUCUCAUGUCUCAAAAAGAGAACAUCGAGGCCGAACUCGACGCGCAGUUUUCUAUCCUUAAAGUCAAUAAUGUUGAUAUGACCACACCCCUGGUUGAUCGGGAAGGUUUUCCUCGGGCAGAUGUCGACGUAUACGCGAUACGGCAUGCCCGCAAACGCAUCAACGAGCUGCGAAACGAUUACAAAGCUGUCAUGAAUGAGAUUGAGACAGCUCUCCAGGCGGUAUAUGAUCCAUCUACAGUUGGAUCAUUACCCGCCGCAUCUGAGGAGGUUGCGCAACACACGAGUUUGACGGAUAGCGCGGAAUCGCUACUUGCUUUUGCAAGAGUGGAUGGUGUAGCUCCAGGUAGCCCCGCAGCAGAAGCAGGACUUCGACGAGAAGAUCUGAUAUUGAAGUUUGGAUCUCUCGCACGAUCAUCAUUUACAGCAAAUUCUUUGCAACCGCUAGCUGAUCUAGUAUCCGUUAAUGAAAAUCGCGAGAUUCAGGUCAUCAUAUCAAGGUCUGAGGAAAUUAUGUCAUUGAAACUCACUCCGCGCAAGGGCUGGGGUGGGCGUGGCAUGCUAGGGUGCCAUAUUGUCCCUCACGAAUCCUAGCCAUCAUCGACGCUCUUUUGACUCGGAGACCACACAGAUUUUCUCCAUUCGUCAUAGCUUUGUAUAUGUAAUUAUGCGCACACUGUCAAAGAUCAUUCGCUCAUCACUCGAGCCCUUGGCAAUGCAGACGAUACGUUACGGAAUACCGACAGUUCCAGGUUUCCAAUAUUGAACGCCCUGGGCCCACAUGGCGUGUUCGAGCAAUUUCAAAGAUAUUCCUUUCAUAUCGGACCAUUUGUUAUCGAUCCCAGUGAUGCAAGC